CACACACCAGCAGCGAUCAACACAAACGCCGACUACAGAGCAGCAAAAGGACUGAAGAACCAGUCGCAGCCAGUUCAUAUCAUCAGAGGACCGGGACUGCUACGGUUAGAUAUUUAUGUAGCUUACGUUUUCACGUUGCUGAUGUCGACAGCGCUGAUAUAAAGUAAAGAAGUAUUGAUUAAAAUACACCCGGAGAACCCCGUGACUCGGGGCUGAACUUUUCCCUGCCAGAAACCAGUUGGGCAAGGAACGACACAGAAAGAAAAUGGAGGGCCUGCACUCUCACUGCCUUAAAUGCAUCAACAGAAGGUGCAUGGUAAGACCAGAGGCAGGUAUCUGCUGCAACCUCAUCUGCUGUCCUCUCGUCUGCGGGGCAGUCUUUCACUCAUGCAAACUUGAGGAGCACCGUCUACUGUGUCCGUAUGAGCGGCUGCCAUGCCUCAACAGCGUGUUUGGCUGCCCGUUCACUAUUGCAAGGAUCAGGAUGGCUAAGCACCUCGCGACGUGCCCGGCCAGUAUAGUAUGUUGUACUAUGGAGUGGAAUCGUUGGCCUGUGAGCUACUCGGAUCGCAAGUCCUAUGAAAACUUGAGCAAAGACUUUGAUGAGGUGGAGCAGCUAGACAUGGCCUUGGCUCUGCAGGAUCAGAGGAUGUUGUUGGAGUCCCUGAAGGUCACGACCACCGUGUCAAAGACUGGAGAUAAGGAAGCAGAUAAAAGUAACAAAAUGGCCACAGCGUCGAGUCUACCAGGGGCAGUGUUGGGUAAUGCAGCAGUGGAAAUGGAAGAGGAGCCCUAUAGUGGGUCGUAUAGACCCUCGGUGGAUACAAGCAGAAGUUUAGCAGCGGCCUUGGACAUCCUCAGCAAUGGCAAGGAUAUUGAAGUAAUUGUUGGAAAUUUAAAUGGCGAAAAGAAUGGAGAUCUCCGUAAUGUUUAUGUUGCUGAGGGUGUGAAGAAUGUAGAUAUGCAGGAGAGCGACUCUGAUUCAGAGUGUGAGCUCGGAGCAGUAGGUGGAGUGGAUUGCGCAGUCGGGACAGAUGGAGAAGAAGAUGCUAUCAGCUGGGCAGAAGAAAAUGAUUUUGUGGAGUUGUUUUUUGAAGAGAAGGAAAAAAUUGUCGAGGAGCCAAUAAACGAGUCCAACCGUGUCUGGCCAGAGAUGCCUCAGAGCUACAUGCCGGUUGUAGCACUGGAACCUCCUGUGCCACAACGAGCACCAGUUGCACGUCCGAUGCCAUUCCUGCUGUCUGAACAUGUGAGAAAUAACUUCUUACAACAUUUACCCAGUGAACUCAGGUAUAGGUGUUUGGAGCGUAAGCUACAGAGCGUAGAGGUGCUUAGAGGAAUAAGUAUGUUUACAUUUAACGGACGCCGGGCUCUGCUGUCAGACCCGUACUUGUUCCGAGCAAAGAUGGAGGACAAGUCAGUAGACACGUCGGACCUUGAAGUAGCAGAUGACCCCAUGGGCCUCCACGGCAUUGAUCUCAUCACUGCGGCGUUGCUGUUUUGCCUCGGCGACUCUCCGGGUGGCAGAGGAAUCUCUGACAGCAGGUUUGUCGAUGGCUACCACAUCGACUUCGGUACUCAGACAUUCUCCUUCCCUUCAGCCAUUCUUGCAACCAACACAAUGGUGGGAGAUAUUGGUUCAGCCUCGGCCUGCGAUCACGCCAGCCCACAGCUCUCCAAUCCGAGCCCCUUCCACACUCUCAGACUGGACCUGGUGCUCGAAUGUGUGGCCCGAUACCAAACAAAGCAGCGCUCCAUGUUCACGUUCGUGUGUGGACAGCUAUUCCGGCGGGAUGAGUUUUCGUCUCACUUCAAAAAUGUUCACGGGGAUAUUCACGCCGGGCUCAAUGGCUGGAUGGAGCAACGCUGCCCCUUGGCCUACUACGGCUGCACCUACUCCCAGAGACGAUUCUGCCCGUCCGUGCAGGGCUUCAGAAUCAUCCACGACAGGCACCUCGGCUCGUUUGGGGUUCAGCCGGGUUUGCCCUUAAAAGCUGGGGACGACCUCCCGAGAAAGCCCUACCGCUUUGGCUCUCAGUGCGAUCAAUUCAGCAGUCUUCCAUUCGAAGUGUUGCAACGCGUAGCAAGCUUCCUGGACAGCUUCAGCUUGUGCCAACUGUCCAGAGUGUCCCACACCAUGAGGGACGUGUGUGCUAGUCUGCUCAUGAUGCGCGGCAUGGUCGUCCUGCUGUGGGAGAAGAAACGGCGUGCUGAUGGGUCUCCUUCAUGGCAGAUCACAGACAAGGUGUGGCGAUUCAGCACAGCCUUUGGUACAGUGAAUGAGUGGAAGUUUGCCAACAUCGCCAGCAUGGCCGACCACCUCAAGAAGUGCCAGUUCAAUAAGAUUACUCGUCAGGAGGAGGCGAUCCCUCUGCCCUGCAUGUGCUUCACCAGAGAGCUCACAAAAGAGGGAAGGUGUUUACGUUCAGUUCUCAAACCAGUAGCAUAA